UCCACUCGCCGUAUCCGCUGAGUGAUUCGCAUGUACUCUUCCGAACUUAUUUUGGGUGCUCGAAAAUGGCAACCUUAGAAGGCUUGCGAAGAAGCAUUGCCAUUAAACUGAAGGAUCCCAUCGCGCGGUAUAUCAGAGAACGAGAUCAAGAUAGCGGAGACGUAGAUAGCAUAGUUCAGCAGAUUAGAAGGUCAGAGUCGUGGAGGAAGUUCCAAAAGUCUUACCUUCUUAGUCUAUCCCCAGACGGAGCGACGCCAGAAAAGAACGUCUACCACGACGAUGCAGACGACGAAGGCUCGAGGAGUGGAAGCGCGUUUUCGAUGGACAGUUUCGGCAGUGAAAGUUCUUACAACAGAGAAAGCACGGUCUUAUCUCCGGAGCAGAUUCACGAGUUGUGCAAGCUCAUCGUGUCCCCCGCCCCGUCGUCAAAGUUACACGCGAUUGAUAUCCUCAGCAGAGUAUCAAACUUCGAAACACUCGUCAUCAACGACGACUGGACACAGCUCGAAUGUCGCCUUCGAACUCUCUUGACUCACCCUACAAAGGUCAUUAAGCAGGAAACAUUUCGUCUAUAUUGGACAAUGAUGUCGGAAGGUGGCGUCGUGUUUCAAAGUGCAUACAAAAGUCUCUUAGCAGCUGUUAAGAACGUCGUCUGCUGUCGUGGCCACGGGGUAAAACACAGACAGCAGGACGGGUUAAGCAUCGUCGAAGUCGUUAAUGCGUACCACAGAAAUCUCCCGUCCCAGUGGCUGAAAUAUCCCCGUUCUGUUGUGCACUAUAUCGUCGAAGAGACGUUAACGCUAAUGGAUGAUACUUUCUAUGAUAACUUCUCUCGCAUGUGGAAAACUAUUGCUUCUGUGGAUGAACACGCCGAGUGGUUGAAGAUAUGGCUACUCGAAGGCGAAAGUCGGUUGGCGCUGAUGCAGAUGCUACCAAAACGCCCAAACAUUCUUUUACACGCCGUGCAACUCGUCGUGAACUACAAGAAAUAUCCCGAACUUUGCGAACGCAACAUCAGCAGCCAUGUUUACGGAUGUUGCAUACUCAUACACGUUUUGCAUUACAGCGGCGGAAGGACGCUUUUCAACACCCUCAGCUCGGGACGAAGCCGCGGGAAAGGGUGGUUCGAAAUCCUCGUACAAGUCAUACAGUUUGUGAAAGUGCUUUCGCAGUGUAGUUAUAACGGCUUCGACAAUCUCAUUCAACGUCUCAAAGCAACGCUGGAAGCCAUCGGUGAGGCUGUCGACGACUCCUUCCCGAUGGAACGCAAAGAAAUUCUCAUCAACCACGUCCUGGAUUUCAACAAACCCGUAACCAACGUUUCGUUGCAUCGAAACGUCUUGUCGGAAUGUCUUAAAGCUCUAUCGUCGACGAAGAGGGGACUGCACAUCAUUCAGAGCACAACAUACAAGGGAACGAAAGUUAUUCAGAACAUUGUAUCCCUCGUAGUGAAGACAUUAGAAAGCCCUAAAGAACAUGACCUUGAUGUUUGUACAGUUAACAACUUGCUUGUUGUGUGCGGUUACUUAGUCAGACAUCCAGGUUACUUUCUCACGGAAGGUUACCGUUAUCAGGCUAGGCUGUUAAAAUGUGUUCUCGAUUCAUACAAGUCCAACGGGCUAAACGUUACUGCUGGCUUGGACAAAUUGGUAGAAUGCUUGCUGGCGACAAGUAUAGGGACAGCUCUCUUGAACUUCGGAACUGUGUCGGAAGAGUAUGGGGACUAUGUGCUCCGAGCAGACAUCUACAAGAAACUGCAGUAUUUCUCUGCGCACACCACCGGUACGAAAACUGUGGAUAAGUUGAUCUCUGAAGCAGAAGACCAUUUUUGGAGGCUGAAACAGUCACACGUCGAAUGCAAGGUGAACCCGAAGGAUAUGUGUUACGCAGUAAUCUGUUUACUGCCGUCUCAAAGGGAGUGUCGAGUAAUAUUUGCGCAAAAUGCUGAAUAUUGUGAGGACGACAUUUGGAGCAUGCUGGCGCUGCUGCCAUCAAGUUACGACAUUCAAGAAGACGAAGCGGUUCUAAGUUUGUACAUCUUGAAAGGACUAAUAUGCUGCUUGAAAACCUACAUCUUUCUCGAAGAGACAUACUGCAUCACGAGGCGGUUGGAAAAAAUAAUUUCAGACUACCGCACAGACGAUGGAAGUAUCAUGCUAACUGAGCUCACCUUCAUUGCACUGCAGAUUAUAGAAAGAAUAAAAUUUGUAGGCAACCCACGUCAGUGGACAACGUUAACUGACUUCGACCUGUCGGACAGGUUCGAUCGUGUUCUUGCCAUUUCGGAAGAAACAUUACCCGCGAGAAGCCCUACAAGUGCGCCAGACUCAAGCACGCACUUCAAAGUGAGCCUUAAGUGCGCCUCAAAUGGAAGAAAGGCUCUCGAGGAAUUCCUCAACGAGAAUGCAACACUCAGAGCGUGUGAAUUUGAGUCAUUUUUUACGUUGGACAGAACUGAACGGCGCAAAAUAAACGACGACCACCAGACUACAACAAAUGCUCAAAAGUGCGGUAUCGAAAUGACCCUCAAGAUAGGGCGAGACCUCGGACUGCUCGACCGGGAAGAUGACUUGUGCUACGAGGCGCUGCGGACUCUCUUACGAAAGAACAGCUCACUCAACGUCGCAUCACGCCACAAUCAAAGUUACGACUUUGUACUCUCUACGAUCUUCCUCUUGCUACGCGGGGACAAAGACAAGACGCGACAGCUCCACGAUUUCUUGUGCGACCAGUACUAUGCCUACUUGUAUUUUCCCAAUAUUUACGGUACUUGCGAUACCAUGCUCUGCGCUGCCCUCUGCCAGGUGUUUGAGGCAGUGUUGCUCGACCACGUUCCAAGCGUGUACCACGCCCUUCGGGCCGGCCGUUACGGGCCGAGAUCAGUGCUGACCCACUGGGUUGGACAGUUCUUCUGGAACGUCCUCGACUUCGAUGAAAUUGCGACGGUGCUGAUGACGCUGGUCGUAUUUGGUGGCGACUAUGUUUUGUAUAUCUGUGCUUCCAUGUUGAGACAUAUGGAAAGUGACAUAUUGGAGCACUUCAACAGGGGACGCCUCGUUACCGUUCUCCGCCGGGGAGCUAUAGGCGGAUUUAGAUUAUCAGAUAACCUGCAGUUCUUGCAUGGUUUGAAAGAGCAGUAUCGCAACGUGAUAUCAAAGUGUUUCAGGAUGUACGCACAUUAAAGGAGUGAGGGAGGG